AUGGCAUCAAUAUCGAGCGGAAGCUUCUUAGAACCGGCUCUCGACAACAUGACUCGAGACGGGUCCACUUCCCCAUACCCCAACCGAAUAAUCGUAGUUGCAAAUAUGCUACCUCUGCACGCUCAAAAGGUCUCUGAGUCGAGCGAGUGGCACUUUACCCUCGACGAGGAUUCUCUACUCCUUCAGAUGAAAGACGGUUUUCAUCCCGAAACCGAGGUCCUAUAUGUCGGGUCCCUAAAGGCCGAGGUCUCGCCAGACGAGCAAGACAUUGUAGCUCAAACGUUACUCGACGAGUUCAAAUGUGUCCCCACUUUUCUCCCGCCCGAAAUCCAUGAAAAGUACUAUCACGGGUUUUGCAAGCAAUAUUUGUGGCCUCUAUUCCAUUACAUGCUCCCGAUGUGCCUUGACCAUGGCGAUCGGUUUGACCGCCAGCUGUGGCAAGCUUACGUGUCGGCUAACAAGAUUUUCGCUGACAAGAUAACCGAGGUCCUCAACCUGGACGAGGAUUUCGUUUGGGUUCACGACUAUCAUCUCAUGGUCCUCCCGACUUUCUUGCGUAAAAGGUACAAUCGAGUUCGGGUCGGUUUUUUCCUCCACAGUCCUUUCCCCUCGUCCGAGAUCUACCGAACCCUUCCUGUCCGGGACGAGAUUCUAAAAGGACUCCUCAACUCUGACUUGAUCGGUUUCCACACGUUCGACUAUGCUCGUCACUUCCUUUCAUCGUGCGGCCGCAUGCUCGGCCUCGACUACAAGUCCAAGCGGGGCCACAUUGGGCUCGACUACUUUGGCCGCACGGUUUACGUGAAAAUCCUCCCGGUCGGGAUCCACAUGGGCCGGAUGGAGGCCGUCCUCAACCUUCCCUCCACACUCGAGAAAAUGGAGGAGAUACGAAAACGGUUCGAGGGAAAAACGGUCAUUCUCGGCGUCGACGACAUGGAUAUCUUCAAAGGGAUAAGUCUCAAAAUGCUCGCGUUCGAGCGGCUCCUCCGCGAGAACCCCGUUUUCCAAGGGAAGGUCGUUCUGGUCCAGAUCGUAAAUCCCGCACGGAGCUCCGGGAAGGACGUCCGUGAAGCACAACACGAGACCUACGCUACCGUAAAAAAAAUAAACGAGACUUUCGGAAUAAGCCCCGCGGGUUAUGAGCCGGUCGUCCUUCUCGAACGAUAUUCCCCGAGUUACGAGAAAACCGCGUAUUACUCCCUAGCCGCGUGUUGCAUAGUGAACGCGGUUCGAGACGGGAUGAACCUCGUCCCCUACAAAUACAUCGCAUCCCGACAGGGCUCGUCGGUUUUCGAGAACUCCGGCCAGCCGCCGACAAGUGUGCUCGUGGUCUCCGAGUUCAUCGGUUGCUCCCCGUCGUUGAGCGGGGCGAUUCGGGUCAACCCGUGGGACAUCGAGUCCGUGGCCGAGGCCCUUUGCUCGGCGCUCGUGAUGAACGAGGCGGAGAAGCGGAUAAGACACGAGAAGCACUUCCGUUUCGUGAGCUCGCACGACGUGGCGUAUUGGGCCCGGAGCUUCAUGUGGGACAUGGAAAGGGUGUGUCGGGAGCAGCAAGGGAAACAAUGCUGGGGAAUCGGGUUCGGGCUGAGGUUUCGGGUCGUGUCACUUUCACCGGGCUUCGGGAAGCUGAGCGCGGGCAGGGCCGGGCUCGUGUAUGAGAAAGCGCGCCGGAGGGUGAUAUUCUUGGACUAUGAUGGGACAGUCGUGUCUCAGUCGUCGAUGGUUAGGUCUCCGGAUCCCGAGGCGGUACACGUGCUCGUCGAUCUGUGUAGCGACCCGAGAAAUGCGGUGUUUAUCGUUAGCGGGAGGGGACGGGACUCGCUUAGCGAGUGGCUUGCGCCGUGUGGCGAGCUGGGAUUGGCUGCCGAGCAUGGGUAUUUCAUAAGGUGGAACAAAAGCUCUGAGUGGGAAUCGUUGGAUUCGAAUCUUGACUGGAAGGAAAUCGUGGAACCAAUCAUGGAACAGUAUACAGAAGCGACCGAUGGCUCGUCGAUCGAGGUUAAGGAUAGUGCAUUGGUGUGGCACCAUCAGGAUUCGGAUCCAGAUUUUGGGUCGUGCCAGGCGAAUGAGCUUUUGCUUCAUUUGGAAAGCGUGCUGGUGAACGAGCCUGCGUUCGUUUGGAGGGGUCAACACAUCGUAGAAGUCAAACCACAGGGAGUGACGAAAGGCUUGGUGGCCGAAAAGGUGCUGCGCAAGAUGGUCGAAAAUGGCGGACACCCCGACUUCAUUUUGUGCAUUGGAGACGAUCAUUCGGAUGAGGAUAUGUUUGAAAGCAUACUGAAAACCGUGUCCGGGUCGAACCUACCCAACCCGCCCGAGAUCUUUACCUGCACGGUUGGACAAAAACCGAGCAAGGCCAAGUACUAUCUUGAUGACACAGCCGAUGUUCUCCAGCUGCUCCGGGUUUUAGCCGACUCGGACGACCCGAAAUCAUCCUCUCAGCUGGCUGAUUUUCAGGUUGGCUUUGAAGAAGGUGUAUUGUGA